AUGACUGUUUCUAACCCCAACGGACAUCGAACAGCAACGGCACCCCCUGACGGUCCACAAGCGGGCGACGGGCCCCUCGGAGAGAGCAGCCCCAACGUCGCCCACUGGGGCUUUGGUAGCCAAGCGCCAAGCGGCGCCGUUCCCGGCGACCGGAGGAAGCGUUCCGGGUCUUUUACUGGUCUGCAGCAGGUCGCCGACAUUCUGGGCCCGCAGUCCGAGACGCCUUCCGGACGACGGAUCUUGGGCAGUUUGAUUCAUACUGUGUCACCGGCGCCGCAAGUUCCGGACCAAUCAGACGCAAGGGAUCCCCCGAAGAAGUCAAAAGAACGUGUGAAGAGCCCGGCGAAAGGAGGCAAGGCGGGCCCGGAAGCACGGACGGGCUCCCAGCAGGGGAGAUGGGGAGAUGAGGGCGGGGAAUCGCGGCGGCUGACCCUGACGGAGAGACCUUUUUCGGACUUUCGGACCUUCGACUCGUAG